AAAGCAACUUUGUCGAUAUAAGCUUCUAUUUAUAAAGGUAUGACAUCAGCUGUAAUAACAACAGUGCGGGUUAUUUGGCGACAGAAAGUAGUCAAAUUGUUUACGUUAGAUUAACCGUGAUUGCAACAAGAAAAUAUCAGGGUUGUUUAAUAAAAAAAGGGGUUAUAAAUCAUACAUUGGGGUGUUUAAAGGUUUUUUUAAAAUACCUUUUAAUUCCAUUCUAAUUGAUUUACGACCACCUCGUUUUCAAUCAAUUUAUUGAUUCAGGUCGAUUCAUUGAAUAAAAGAAAUAAAUUAAAACAAUCAUUAUGAAUGAGGAGAACAAAAAGGAUGAUAAUAAAGAUGUUGGUGAAAAGCGUGUGGCUGGAAUAAGUUUGAAAGGCACCGUUUAUUCCAUUUUAAAAAAGGCUUCUGUAGUUGGAUUUGUUUAUCUUGCUGGUUAUUUACAAUGGUCAGUAGCUUGGUUAAUUGGUCCUGUAGCUCUUUUGGUAAUCAGAGAUCAAUAUAAAAAAGAAUCAGAAAGAAGAAGAGAUAUUGCUAAAGCUUCAGCUUUAACUAAUGAAAAAGAUGUUAUUUUAGCUAGAAUUGAUGAUUUACCAGCUUGGGUUUAUUUUCCAGAUGUAGAAAGAGCUGAAUGGAUUAAUAAGAUUUUCAAACAAUGUUGGCCAAAUGUUAACCAUUAUGUUCGUGAAUUAAUCAGGGAUAAAAUUCAACACAUUUUAGCUAAGAAUUUAGACAAAUUUGGGGCGUUUAAAUUCGAACGUAUUAUUCUAGGAAGUGUGCCACCCAGAAUUGGAGGAAUUAAAGUCUAUGAUGCUAACGUGCCAAGAAGUGAAAUUAUCAUGGAUUUAGAUUUAUUCUAUGCUGGCGAUUGCGAUAUCAAUUUUACACUUCAAGGAAUAAAAGGAGGAAUUAAAGAUUUUCAGCUUCACGGAAUGUUAAGGGUCGUUCUAAAACCCUUAAUAACCACCAUGCCAAUCGUUGGGGGCCUUCAAGUAUUCUUUUUAAACAACCCCUCGAUCGAUUUCAAUUUGGUCGGAGUUGUGGAUGUUUUAGAUAUGCCAGGAUUGGGAGAUAUGUUGCGACGUAUUGUUGUUGAACAAAUCGCUGCUAUGAUGGUUUUGCCCAAUAAAUUACCAAUUAAACUAAGUGAUACGGUUGAAGCUGCUGAAUUAAAAAUACCAGAACCGGAAGGUGUCUUACGUGUUCAUGUCAUUGAGGCUAAAAACUUAAUGAAAAAAGAUAUUGGAAUGCUGGGUAAAGGAAAAUCUGAUCCUUAUGCAGUUAUAAACGUGGGAGCUCAAGAAUUUCGUACAAAAACCAUUCAAAAUACAGUCGAUCCUAAAUGGGAUUAUUGGUGUGAGGCUAUGGUGAGCAGUAAAGAGGCUCAACUGGUCACCUUAAAUCUUUGGGACUGGGACCCGGCAUUGCCAGGGACACAAAGUGAUGACCCAUUAGGAAGAGCCACCAUCGAAGUUGCAAAUAUUGCUAAAAAAGGAAGUGAUGACAUGUGGAUAACUUUAGAAAAAGCCAAACAUGGAAUGGUUCACGUUCGUUUAACUUGGUUAAAGUUAUCAAAGAAUUAUUCCGAUUUAAAAGCUGCUUUAGAAGAAACUCAAUACUUACGAGUAACAUCAAUGAGUACAGCUUUAUUAACACUUUACAUCGAUUCGGCAAGGAAUCUUCCUCAAGCAAGAACUUCAAGUAAACCAGAUCCUUACGUUACAUUAACUUUAUACACAAACACCAAACAAACGGCGAUGCAAAAACGUACAAGCGAUCCAGUUUGGGAGGAAGGAUUUACAUUUUUAGUAACCAAUCCUGAAACUGAUACUUUAUACAUUAAAAUAAUGGAUCAAAAAACUGGAAAUGAAUUGGGGCUAUUAAAUCUUAAUUUAUCGAUGUUAGCUGAUAAGCCAAACUUGGAAAUUCAAAGACAACCUUUUGGUUUACUUAAAGGGGAUCAUAACAGCAAAAUUAUUAUGUCAAUGCAUUUAAGGAUUUUAAAACAAGAAAAUGAUUCGGCUAAAACACCUCUACUUCAUCAAGCUUCAACGAUUUCCACUAGUUCGGUUUCUUUGGAUCAUCAACAAUCCCUUCCCCCAAGUGAAAAAUCUACGUCGUCUGAAAAUGUUAUUAAAUCAGAAACUGGAGGUUUAGUUGAAGAAGAAAUUAUCCCAGAAACUUCACCAAUAAUUUCGUCUACUCCUCCAUCUUCAGGAGUAAUUCAUCGUACACCCAGCAUGACUUCUUCUUCUGGAGAAUCUGGGUUGGGAAGAAUCCAAUUAACUCUUCGUUACAGUGUCCAACGUCAAAGAUUAAUCGUUGUCAUUCAUCAAAUUGCGAACUUACCACUAAAAGAUCCAUCAAAUAUUCCGGAUCCGUAUGUUAAAUUGUAUUUAUUACCGGACCGCUCAAGAGAAACCAAACGUAAAACUGUGGUUGUUAAAGAUAACUGUAAUCCGAUAUUUGAUGAAUCUUUUGAGUAUUUGAUUUCGCAAGGAGAACUCAGCAGUCAGCAACUUGAGGUUACCGUUUGUACCCAAAAACAACUGUUUUAUUCAAGUACUAAUGUUAUGGGACAGGUUAUCGUGGAUUUAUCUCAAUUUAAUCUCACACAACCAAUCAACAGUUGGUUCGAUCUUCAACCUGAGAAGAAAUAAAUUUAUAAAAUUAAUCAAAAUUAAUCUUGUUGUUGUACUAUGUCUUUAACAUUUCUUUUCUAUUUAUUUAAUCUUUAUGAAAG